CACAGUGUGGUCGUUCCCCGCCCCCGCGAGAUCAUUAAACUUUGAAUUUCACUAAUACUAUUUUGACACGUAUCUAAAUUAGAAACGAAUAAGAACACGCCACGUAACCAAUUGAGGUUAAGCUCUUCAUUUCCUCGAGCUUACAUCACUCUAACGAGCAUAAAUACACCUCCUUCUCUUUCCCUCGAAUCAAAAUCAAAUCCUUCGACUUCCCACGAUCCAUCUCCAGUAAUGGCGCCAUUAUCUCCGGCCAAAACCCUAGCCGUCCUCAUGGUGAUGAUCCACCUCUUUUCCUCCGUCACCGCUGUCUCCAUCGGCGUCAACUACGGUGCUUUCGCCGACAACCUCCCGCCUCCCGCUCAAGUGGCCACAUUCAUCAAGGAACGCACCUACAUCAACCGCGUCAAGCUCUUCGACUGCAAUCCCGAUUUCAUCCGUGCUUUCGCCGGCACUGGAAUCUCGUUGAUGAUUACCGCCCCCAAUGGCGACAUCCCCUCCCUCGCCAACGCCACCGCCGCCCGGGCCUGGGUCGCCGCCAAUGUUGCCCCAUUCUACCCAGCCACCGAUAUCUCCCUCAUCGCCGUCGGAAACGAGAUCAUGGCUACCUCUGAUAAAUUCCUCAUCGCACGCCUCGUCCCAGCCAUGCGAUCCCUCUCCGCGGCCCUUUCCGCCGCUGGAUUCCACAAGAUUCGGGUCUCCACCCCUCACUCCCUCGGAAUCCUCUCCGCCUCCGAGCCCCCCUCUAGCGGCCGCUUCCGCCGAGGCUACGAUAGGGUAAUAUUUGGUCCGAUGCUCAAAUUCCACCGCGAGACCAAAACCCCCUUCAUCGUCAACCCCUAUCCUUACUUCGGCUACACUGAUCGCACCCUUGAUUACGCUCUCUUCCGGCCGAACCCCGGCAAGUACGAUCCCGCCACCGGGAUCAACUACACCAACAUGUUCGAUGCCCAGCUCGACGCCGUCUACGCAGCGAUGAACCGUCUCGGUUACGGCGACGUCGAGAUCGCCGUCGGUGAAACAGGGUGGCCAUCAAUGGCGGAACCGAAUCAAGCCGGCGUCAGCGUCGAGGACGCCAGAUCCUUCAAUCUGAAUCUAAUCCGCAAAGUGAACUCCGGCAAAGGAACGCCUCGGAUGCCCAACCGAACCUUCGAGACCUACAUCUUCUCCUUGUUCAACGAGGAUCUCAAGCCCGGACCGAUCGCCGAGCGAAACUUCGGCCUCUUCCGCCCCGAUCUCACACCCGUCUACGACGUCGGCAUCUUGCGCGGCGGCCAGUCUGGCGGUGGGGUGCAACCGAGUCCAACUAGAAGAUGGUGCGUGGCACAGUUGGGUGCGAGUAACCAGGCCCUGCAAGACAACAUUGACUACGCUUGUAGUAACGGAGCGGAUUGCAAACAGAUCGAAGUGGGUGGUGCUUGCUUCGAGCCCAACACGCUUUUGGCCCAUGCCUCAUUCGCUAUGAACUCCUACUUUCAGAAGGCCGGUCGCCAUGACUUCAACUGCGACUUCUCCCAGACCGGCGUUAUCACCGCCACUGAUCCUAGUUAUGGAACGUGCAAGUUUAGCUCUUGAAAAGGCUAUUAUAAUGUCUUAACCUUUACCUUUUAGCUUUCACUUUGUUUUGUUUAUCAUCAUCAUCUAAUCAACAAAGCGCUCAAUCUGUGUAACCCUUGUGUUAUACGGGAAAUUUUCCUGUUUAUGUAACUAUUUUGUAACAUCCAUGCGCAAUGGAACAACGUUUGAUUUAUUGUUAUAAAUACCAAAGUUAUGCUGGU